UUGUUCACGCCAUCAAGAUUUGGCGACAUGAUCUUUACGGCGGUCGUUGCAAGAUUUUCACAGAUCAUAAGAGCCUGCAGUACAUUUUCACGCAAAAGGAGCUUAACAUGAGACAGCGCCGUUGGCUCGAGCUCGUCAAGGAUUACGAUUGCUCGAUUCAGUAUCAUCCGCGGAAGGCGAACGUCGUUGCGGACACCCGAAGCCGAAAGGUGAGGGCAGUGAGCUCCACAGUGGAUGAGUAUAUCCGCACCUUCACCCGCAUGUGCCUUUUUGCGGGCGUCGCAGUGAACACCGAUGCCAAGAAGGCCCCCAAGUUUCUCAGGGGGCUCAAUCAGAGGAUCCGUGAACUGGUGGGGAGUCACGGACUGAUGUCGUAUGAAGAUACCGUGAGUCGGGCUCAGGAGGUCGAGAGCUGUCUCAUUCCAUUGGCUCCAGUUCCUUCUCAGACCGUUGCUCAGUACGCUCAGCCCAUCUCAUAUGUGCAGCCCGACUCUAGCUCGGGCAAGAGGAAGUCCGAUUAUCAGAACAAGAAAAAGGGAAAGAAAGGAAACUUCGGCAGACGUGACGACCGACCCACUCAGGGUCAACAACCGAGGUGCCCUAACUGCGGCAGGUUCCACACCGGAGAGUGCUUAGCAGACCAGCGAGCAUGUUACAACUGCAACCGUCCGGGUCACUAUGCCAGUGUCUGCACCGAACUGAAGAGACAGCAACAGCAGCAGCCCUUUGCCCAGCAGC